GCAGUGCCUUUCGUCAGAAAGAAGGAUUGAGAAUGAGAAUGUUUUAUAUGCGCCAACCAUCUAACUGUUUGAUUUGCUGAGAAGCUGAAAGUUAUUCUGAAAAGAAUGGCUCACAUAGGAAGCAGAAAUGAGCCUGAAUCCUUUACCGUCGAGCUGGAGGAAGCGAGGAGGAGCAUGGAGUCAUCAUUUCGAGCCGCUGCUGCGAGCUUCAGGAGAAGCUUCAGCAGUGCCAGAAGGGAGGGUGAUGAUGAUGACGAAUACGAGCUGAAAUGGGCGGCGAUCGAACGGCUAGACACCCUCGACAGACUAAGGACGUCGUUGUUUGAUCAUCCGAUAGAUGCAAUAGAUGGCGAUGGAGAAAAAAAGGAGAAGAGAGCGACCGACGUUACCAAGUUAGGAGCCCUGGAACGGCGGUUGUUCAUCGAGAAUCUCAUCAAGCACAUCGAGAACGACAACCUCCGGUUGCUGCAGAAGCAAAGAGAAAGAAUUGACAGAGUGAAUGUACAAUUGCCGACAAUAGAGGUGCGAUACGAAAACCUGUGUGUCGAAGCCGAUUGUGAGGUAGUUCAGGGGAAGCCCCUACCCACCCUAUGGAACACUGCCCAAAGUGCUGUUUUGGAUCUUUUCAGAAUGACGGGCUUAAAUCGUCAAGAAGCCAAAAUCAGAAUACUGAAAGAUGUCACUGGAAUCAUCAAGCCAUCGAGGAUUACUCUUUUACUAGGACCUCCGGGCUGCGGGAAGACCACACUCUUGCUUGCGCUUAGCGGAAAACUAGACAAAUCUCUCAAGGUAACUGGAGAAAUUCAUUACAAUGGAUUCAGAUUGGACGAGUUCGUACCUGAGAAAACAUCAGCUUACAUAAGUCAAUAUGACCUGCAUAUACCUGAGAUGACGGUAAGGGAGACAUUGGACUUCUCUGCGAGAUUCCAAGGUGUUGGUAGCAGAGCAGAAAUUAUGAAGGAAGUGAUUCGAAGGGAGAAGGAGGCUGGAAUUGUUCCGGAUCCUGACAUAGACACCUACAUGAAGGCAAUAUCUGUGGAAGGACUAGAAAGAAGUCUACAAACAGAGUAUGUAAUGAAGAUCAUGGGGCUAGAUAUAUGCGCGGACACAAUGAUAGGGGAUGCCAUGAGAAGAGGCAUUUCAGGUGGUGAGAAGAAAAGAUUAACCACAGGCGAGAUGAUUGUAGGACCAACAAAAGCACUUUUCAUGGAUGAAAUAUCAACCGGCUUGGACAGCUCUACUACCUUUCAAAUUGUCUCUUGCCUUCGACAAUUGACUCACAUCACGGAAUCCACUGUGCUGGUUUCACUUCUUCAGCCUGCACCGGAGACUUAUGACCUUUUCGACGACGUGAUCUUAAUGGCAGAAGGGAAGAUUGUAUAUCACGGGCCUCGAACUGAUAUUUUGAACUACUUUGAGGUUUGCGGUUUCAAAUGCCCGGAAAGAAAAGGAGCGGCCGACUUUCUCCAAGAGGUAUUGUCCAGAAAAGAUCAAAAGCAGUAUUGGAACCGGCCAGACGAAAACUACGGUUACGUUACCGUCGACCAAUUUUGUGAAAAAUUCAAGGGACAUCAAGCUGGACAAAGUCUAACUGAAGAGCUAUCAAAACCUUAUGACAAGUCCAAAUGCCCUAAAAAUUCUCUUUCCUUCAGUAUCUAUUCCCUAUCAAAAUGGGAGCUACUUAAAGCCUGUGUGGCCCGAGAAGUACUACUAAUGAAGAGAAACUCAUUCAUCUACAUAUUCAAGGCAGUUCAGCUCGGGAUUCUUGCGAUGAUUACAGGAACUGUGUUUCUACGUACGCAUAUGGGGGUUGAUACACUUCAUUCGAAUUAUUAUAUGGGCUCACUCUUCUACGCGCUUCUUUUACUAAUGGUAAACGGUUUCCCGGAACUAGCCAUGACAGUUUCUAGACUCCCGGUCUUUUACAAGCAAAGAGACUUCUACUUCUAUCCGGCUUGGGCUUAUGCUAUUCCGGCUACAAUUCUAAAAAUUCCGGUUUCUAUAGUGGAGUCGAUCAUUUGGACGUCGAUUACUUACUACUUAAUUGGCUAUAGUCCACAAGCAUCAAGGUUCUUCCGCCAACUUCUACUGCUGUUCUUUGUCCAUGUUAUGUCACUGUCCCUUUUCCGGGUUGUAGCCUCAUACUUUCAGACUGUGGUGGCAUCCACACUCGGCGGUACCUUCGCUUUGCUAUUGAUCCUCCUAUUUGGGGGCUUCCUUCUCCCACGACCCUCUAUACCAAGUUGGUUAAAAUGGGGAUUCUGGACUUCGCCAUUGACAUACACCGAAAUAGGCUUAGCUGUAAAUGAGUUUCUAGCGCCACGAUGGCAAAAGUUGUUACCGUCGAACAUAACCAUCGGAAAACAAGUACUGAUAACCCGAGGGCUCAACUACAGCGGCUACUAUUACUGGAUAGCGAUCGGAGCAUUAUUUGGAUUUGUUGUGUUGUUCAACAUAGGAUUUACUCUCUCCUUAACUUUCAAAAGACCUCUCGGAGCUUCGCGGGCUAUCAUCUCUCGAGAAAAGCUUUCUCAACUACAAGGAAAAGAUGUCGGCACGAAAAAACACUCUACGGAUAAUACCACCAACUUAUCCACAACAAGAUCAACAGAACCUAAAACAACUGGAAAAAUGGUCUUGCCUUUUAUUCCCCUCACAGUAGCAUUCAAGGAUGUGAACUACUAUGUUGAUACUCCUGCAGAAAUGAGAGAACAAGGCUUUACAGAAAAAAGGCUCCAACUGCUACAUAACAUAACAGGUGCUUUCCAGCCGGGAGUGCUUACGGCAUUAAUGGGCGUGACCGGGGCUGGGAAAACCACGCUGUUGGAUGUUCUUUCCGGUAGAAAAACCGGCGGGGUUAUCGAAGGAGACAUAAGAAUUGGAGGAUAUCCUAAGGUACAGAAAACUUUUGCGAGAAUUUCUGGUUACUGUGAACAGACCGAUAUACACUCGCCACAAAUUACAGUCGAAGAAUCCGUAGCCUAUUCAGCUUGGCUGCGACUCCCGCCAGAAAUCGACUCAAAAACAAGACACGAAUUCGUCAAUGAAGUCCUUGAGACGAUUGAGCUUGAUGGAAUCAGAGACGCAUUGGUCGGGCUACCGGGGAUUAAUGGUCUGUCCACAGAGCAAAGGAAGAGACUAACGAUCGCAGUCGAGCUCGUUUCUAAUCCGUCGGUCAUCUUUAUGGAUGAACCGACAUCAGGUCUAGAUGCGAGGGCGGCCGCCAUCGUUAUGCGUGCGGUGAAAAAUGUUGCUGAAACGGGAAGGACGGUGGUCUGCACCAUCCACCAACCGAGCAUCGACAUAUUCGAAGCAUUUGAUGAGCUGAUUUUAAUGAAAAGAGGAGGAGAACUGAUCUACGCCGGACCACUAGGUCGGCAUUCGUGUAAAGUGAUUGAAUAUUUUGAGGGAAUCUCUGGAGUGCCGAAAAUCAGAAAUAGUUACAAUCCCGCGACUUGGAUGCUGGAUGUUACCACUACAUCAUUCGAGAAUCAACUGGGAGUAGAUUUUGCAAAAAUUUAUAAGGAAUCAUCUCUUUACAAAGAAAAUAUGGCUCUGGUCGAGCGGUUAAGCAUGCCAUCAGCAGAUUCAAAGCAACUAAGUUUUCCAACGCGCUUUGCUCAAAAUUUCUGGGUACAGUUCAAAGCUUGCUUGUGGAAGCAAUAUUUGUCAUACUGGAGAAGCCCUUCGUACAACUCAGUGCGGAUAACAUUUGUACUCGUGUCCUCGAUAGUAUUUGCAGUGUUGUUCCAGAAUCACGCAAAUAACAUAAAUAACCAGCAAGAUUUGUUCAAUAUCUUGGGGUAUAUGUAUGCUGGCACUAUCUUCACCGGCAUAAACUGCUGUUCAUCUGUCAUACCUUUCGUCGCAAUUGAGCGCACUGUUGUAUACAGAGAAAAUUUUGCGGGAAUGUACUCUCCGUGGGCAUAUUCAUUUGCGCAGGUGGUCAUCGAGUUCCCUUACGUAUUCGGGCUCGUAGUCCUGUUCAUGAUCAUCACAUAUCCAGCUAUCGGGUUCACGUGGACAGCGUCCAAGUUCUUGUGGUUCUUUUACAUCAUGUUCUGCACACUGCUCUACUUCAUUUACCUCGGAAUGAUGCUGACGUCGUUAACGCCAAAUGUACAAGUGGCCUCCAUAUUAGCAUCCGUCUUCUACACCUUACUGAACCUCUUCUCAGGCUUCAUUGUACCGAGACCCGAAAUUCCAAAGUGGUGGAUUUGGCUAUAUUACAUCUGCCCCACAUCGUGGACGCUGGACGGCCUCUUCUCCUCGCAGUACGGAGAUGUCGACAAAGAGGUUACGGUGUUCGAAGAAACACAACUGAUAUCUUCAUUCAUAGAAAGCUACUUCGAAUUCCACCACGACCGUUUGUGGUCGGUGGCCAUUGUUCUCCUUGCCUUCCCCUUAGUCUUUGCUACUCUCUUCGCUUAUUUCAUCGGAAAACUCAAUUUCCAGAGGAGAUGAAGCGGGGGAAGUAUUUCAAUUUGCGAUUGUAAAGUUUAAGUAAUACCUACAAUUUGAAGACUUACAGAAAAGAUGUACAAUUUGGAAUACAGGGAGUGCUUUUCUCUUUCUACACAACACAAUGUGCAUCUUUUGCUGAUUAAGAGAAUAACAUUCUACUAUGAAGUGUCAAACUAAGCAAAAGUUUGAAUGAAUGAUUAUGGAAAAUUAUCAAAAGUUA